CCUCCCUCCGCUCUUCGGACGCCGCCGCUGCCGCCUCGCCUCCCGCGGAGACCUCCAGCGCGACCCCCGGCGCCAUGGCUUCCUCCGCCGGACCCGCCGCCGCCUCCACGGCAGCCGGCUCCGCCCAGGCGCCCGCCCUCCAGCGCGGCAUCGUCAAGAUGGUCCUUUCGGGCUGCGCCAUCAUCGUCCGGGGACAGCCCCGGGGAGGCCCGCCUCCUGAGAGACAGAUCAAUCUCAGCAACAUCCGUGCCGGGACUCUGGCACGCCGAGCAGCUGCUGGGCAGCCGGAUGGCAAGGACACCCCUGACGAGCCGUGGGCGUUCCCAGCUCGUGAGUUUUUGAGGAAGAAGCUGAUUGGCAAAGACGUUUGCUUUUCCGUGGAGUACAAGACCUCUCCCCGGCGGGAGUACGGCAUGGUCUACCUGGGCAAAGACACGUCCGGGGAGAACAUUGCGGAGUCCCUGGUGGCCGAGGGGCUGGCCUGUCGCCGGGAAGGGGUCCGCGCCAAUAAUCCUGAGCAGAGCAGGCUGGCUGAGCUGGAGGAGCAGGCCAAGACUGCCAAGAAGGGGAUGUGGAGCGAAGGGACAGGCUCACACACGCUCCGAGACCUCAAGUACACCAUCGAGAACCCCCGGCACUUCGUGGACUCCAUGCACCAGAAGCCCGUGAACG